AAACUGGAGAAGCAAAGGCUUUAUUCCAAAGAAUAAAAAAAAACCCAAGAGAGGUUUUGUUAAAUCACUCAUAAAUUUCGUUACACAUUUCGUCUUUUUCUUCUUCUUGAUUUCUUUUCUCCGGUGAUCAUUCAUGGCGACAUUCCUCAGAAGAUUAGCAAACGCUGCUCCAUCACUACGCUACAAUGCAUUAUUAGGAACCCAAUCAAAGAUCCAUUCCUCUAACUUCAGAUUCCCCAUUGGAGCCAUCGCUGCAGCUUCCGGUGGAAUAUCGUAUUUGUAUUAUGUUUCCUAUUCGGAUUUGGUUCAUCUAGAUCAAAGCAGUGAAGAGGCAAGCCCAAAAGUUGCACUCAAGUCAGGUAAAUGGAUUGAGUUCAAGUUACAAGACUCUGCACGGGUUACUCAUAAUACUCACUUAUUCAGAUUUUCAUUUGAUCCUAGUGAAACAUUGGGGUUAAAUGUCGCGUCAUGCAUCUAUACAAGAGCUCCAAUUGGACAAGACGAUGAAGGGAAAGCAAAAUACGUUGUGCGCCCGUAUACACCUAUAUCAGAUCCUGAUGCAAAGGGAUACUUUGAUUUACUAAUUAAGGUAUAUCCUCAAGGAAAAAUGAGUCAACAUUUUGCUACCUUGAAACCCGGGGAUGUACUUGAAGUGAAAGGCCCCAUUGAAAAGCUCAAAUACUCUCCAAAUAUGAAGAAACACAUUGGCAUGAUUGCUGGUGGCACAGGAAUUACUCCCAUGCUCCAGGUUAUUGAUGCUAUAGUAAAAAAUCCAGAUGACAAUACCCAGGUCUCGCUGCUUUACGGGAAUGUCUCUCCUGAUGACAUAUUGCUUAAACAGAAACUUGACAUACUUGCAUCUAGCCACCCAAAUAUAAAGGUAUUCUACACGGUUGAUAAACCAACAAAGAAUUGGAAGGGAGGAAAAGGAUACGUAUCAAAGGAUAUGGUCAUCAAAGGCUUACCACCCCCAGGGGAUGACGCACUAAUCCUCGUAUGCGGUCCACCAGGGAUGAUGAAACACAUUUCUGGGGACAAAGCUCCCGAUUACUCACAGGGAGAGCUUGAUGGCAUGCUAAAGGAAUUGGGAUAUACGAAGGAAAUGGUUUACAAGUUUUAACAAGAUUCACAAAAGUUUUAGCUGUUGACGGACGUAUCAACUUAAUGUUAGGGAGUGUUUUCUGAAGCCUUGUUAGAAUUAUUGUCAUUGGACCAAAUUUUAAAUCAAAAUAAUUUCCAAGUUGGUGUUCGUUAUAUAAGUUGAUCUCUUGAAAGCCAGUUUAUGUUGCU